CGGAUGGGAGCACCUGUCCGGUGACAUCAAAGCAGUAAUGGUUUUGGUUUCAAUGCUCUGAGCUUUCAGGCUUUCGAUCACUGCUGAAGAACCUGCUGACCGAAGUGCAAGCGUUGAAUCGUCCGCGAAUAGGCCUUGAGGAACUCAAACCCAAAAGCUAGUGACGCCAGCCCGGUCGACGAUUUCGAGUGUCCUUGAGUGGCGAGUGGUCCAGAGGAAUAAGAGUUAAUGGAAAAGCUCAAGCUCAUCAAUGGAGGUCGUUGGCCGACAUUAAUGGCGGUCACAUAAUUGACCACCCAUUGCAAUGUCCCGAGCUUUCUUUAACUUCAACACAUGAGGAUAGGGAAAGCGAGGAAAACACAAAGCCAACGAGCUCGCGUUUCAUUUAUUGUCCGGACUCACGGAGGAAGAGCAACUUCCGCACUUUCUUCGACCAUCAUCAAACCCAUGAAGCUUCCUUCCAUCAGACGAUCACAAUAAGCUUCCGGUGCUGUUGCAUGUGAGCUCUCUCUGCGGGCGCAUCGUCUUUCAUGUGACCUCCCUCCUGGGGUUUUGCAUACGCACUCUCGCCUGUGAUCUGCUUCAAUUUCCGAUCUGCUGUUGCGCUCGUGAAUAUAUAAACGUGGCCUGAGUCGUCCAUCUUGCGGCACGCUUUCGGCGAGUAAAUCUGACGAAGGUUCACGUCUUUCCGGGUUUGAUAUUACUGUCGAGGGAGAGAGAUUCAAGAAAAGAGAUUGAGAGAAAGAAGAGCCAGAAUACUGCACUCUGCAAAAAGCGAUGAAGGGUUCUGCGCUUCUUGUUGCUUCGCUCCUCAUCCUUCUCCUUCUUGUUCCUUUUUCUACCGUCUCCGCAAGGCGCAUUGGCCGACCGAGCUCGAAUCAUGGUCACCGACGCUUGAUGCGGCCUAAGGUGAAGGCUGAGCUCCAAGCAAAACCGAACGUCUACUGGGAGAGAAGGCCACUGACGAAACCAGGGAGGAGGGCGGACACGGUCCAAAUUGCUGGGUCGAGCUUGCCGGACUGUUCGCACGCCUGUGGCUCGUGCUCGCCGUGUAGGCUGGUCAUGGUCAGCUUUGUGUGCGCAUCGGUACAGGAGGCAGAGACGUGCCCGAUGGGUUACAAGUGCAUGUGCAACAACAAGUCUUAUCCCGUCCCAUGACCUUCGAUCGACCAACAUCACCAACCCUUCUUGUUCCUAAGACAAUGUAACAUAAUGAUCCUGUGACAACGACAUUUUCUUUGGGCACUUUUUUCCCAGAAAAUUUUCUUUUCUAGGCAUCCAAAGAAUAAAAGGAAGGUCUUGUUAGGCCAUCACGGUUUUUGGAUUGUAAUGGGUGGGUGUCCUUCUCUUUGGUCGAUCAUUCGAGAGCCUCAUCA